UAGAAGAGGAGGAGGAGGAGGGGAGUGUGUUUGGGGGGUAAAAUCAGGCGGGGUUUUAGCAGUAGUGUGUGUUUGUGUGUGUGAGUGUGCUGAACGCCUGUGAGCCAGACAGAGCAUCCUCAGUCCAGCUGGGGGUCUCCGCUCGGCUUUAAGAACCUGCGCGUUUUGGAGAAGGACGCACUUCUUUCARCUCGCCGCUGUGCGUAAAAAUCGGGAGGAGCGCACGAAAAGCAAAACUCAACAUUUUGUUUCUGUUGCCUCAGGUUCACCCUCAUUUAAAAACUGAGACCAUAUCGGGAUUACCUACAAUCACGAGCCGUUUCCCCCCACCCUGCCUCACUUCUGGUUCGGACCCGCCGCCAGCAUGAUGUCCUACCUGAAGCAGGCUCCGUACGCGGUGAACGGACUGAGCUUAUCCACCUCAGGAGUGGACCUGCUGCACCCUUCAGUGGGCUACCAAGCCCCUCGCAAACAGCGGAGGGAGAGGACCACCUUCACCCGGGCCCAGCUGGACGUGCUGGAGAACCUGUUUUCCAAGACACGGUACCCUGACAUCUUCAUGAGGGAAGAGGUGGCCUUAAAGAUCAACCUGCCUGAAUCCAGGGUACAG